CAGGUCGUUUGUCCCUCCUCUCGACCUCCUUGGCUUGUAAUCAUGUCAUGUUUUGAUAACAAAAGUCACAAAAUGAAGGUCAACGACCUGUUCCCAACACUGACAGAUUUUGUAAAAGGAUAAUUACACAUCCUGGAGCCAAGAGGAACCAGACGAAAAACACCAACAUCUGAUAAUUAGAGAAAAGAACAAAAUUUGUAGAAAAAAAGGAACUUUCUGAAAAAAGCUGUAGUGGGGGGAAAGGAAACGCUGUCAUCUAGAGCGUUCAUUCGAGCGGGGAGCUGGGUUCUAGCAAAUUUGUGCAUUUUGAUAAACACGAUGAGCCUGGAGGAAAAAAAUCGAUCGAAAGAUUCGAAAUCCCCCAAUCCCGAGUCCGAGGAUUCUAGUUCGGAUACUUCACUGUACCGUCGCUUCGAGUCGUGUUUCAGCGGUAUUACGGUUGAGCCGGUGAUCUUUUGCUACGCAUUCGGUAUUAUUUUGCACGUUCCCGUGAUUCAACAGUACAUCCACCAGCGGCUGAGUGAGGGCAAAGGCCUGACUUACGAAUACAACAACACAGACAGCCGCACAACCUGCGAACCCAUACAGAUGGCGAAUUCCAGCGAAGAGACAUUAGAACUCCAAAAGGAGGUACAAGCCGAAGCCUCCUACAUGCAGAUGGGCCUAGUCCUCUCGGUCAGCACCCCGUCGCUCUUGGUCGCGCUCUUACUGGGAGCCUGGUCCGAUCGGGCAGGGCGCAGGCGUGCAAUGGCAAUGCCCAUAUUUGGUAGUGCUGUUGAGUCGGCGAUUAUUUUAGUUAUUAUGUACUUUGAGCUCCCUGUGACAUUUUUGCUAUUGGCUGAGAUUAUUAACGGUUCUUGUGGGUUUUUCCCUACGAUGGUCCUCUCAGUCUUCUCUUACAUUGCCGAUAUAACGGAGGAGUCCCAGCGUGCAUUUCGGCUUGGGAUACUCGAGGCCAUCGCUUUCAUCAGCGGAAUGUUGAGCCACUUGACCAGCGGCUGGUGGAUAAACAACCUCGGCUUCCGCGCUCCUUAUUGGUUGCUUUUAAUCCUGAACACGUUCGCCCUACUCUAUGUGACAUUUAUACUUCCAGAAUCACGAGCUAAACACGUGAUGGAAAAGUCCAAAGUCCGCGUCCUCAGCCUGGACCACAUCCGGGCCAUCGUUAUGAUCUUCACAAAAUCACGUGACCCCCAGCGCAUGACAAUUUUUAUGGUGAUCUCUGGCUUGAUGAUCGUCAGCUCGAUUGGGUUCGGGAGCGUGUUUGUUCUGUACGCGCUCGAUCGCCCAUUGUGUUGUAAUGCGAUUCUGAUUGGCUAUUAUCUUGGCUUGAGUUUCUUUGUACAGGCGGUCGGCGCGGUCCUGGGCCUAAAGUAUCUGCGGUUAUGCCUGUCGGAGACCGCGCUGAUGCAGGUCGGAAUGGUGUCAAUCAUCUCGUCACUUGUUGUCAUGGCAUUUGUUACUAGUAAGAAAACCUUGUUUGUAGUCCCUUUUGUAGCGUGUCUAGGCGGGGUCCCGACUCCAACCAUACGAGCAAUGAUGUCCAAGAUGGUAGACGCCGAUGGGCAAGGGGCGCUGUUUGCGGCUGUCGCAAGCCUCGAGACGCUUUGUACUCUGCUCGGGGCGCUCGUGUUCAACUCGAUCUAUCCGUACUCCAUCCGAAUAGGCCUCAAGGGCUUGUCCUUUAUGGUGAUGGCGUGGCUCAUGCUCAUCGCUUUCAUUCUCAUCGAGUUUAUUCGACGAAGAGAGAAAAACAAAGAAACGGAACGUAAGGAACUCGUGAACGAAGAAGACAGACACAGCGACAAAGAGUGAUACAAUGGGGGGACUGGUAUCGAGUGUUACCCCAUAACUACGCUAUCAAAA